AGCGCCAUGGCUGGGGGGAAGCAGCAGGAGCUGAAGAGGAGCGGCUCCAUCAUCCCCUGCUUCCUUCUGGUGGAGCUGGUGAUCCUGGCCGGUACUGUGUUGCUGGCCUACCACUUUGAAUACAUGGACACCUUCCCCGUCCACCUCCAGGGCUUCUUCUGCUAUGACAGUGCCUACGCCAAGCCCUACCCUGGCCCAGAAGAUGCCAGCCGGGCACCGCCAGUCCUGGUCUACUCGCUGGUCACUGCCGUGCCCACUGUUAUGAUCCUCGUGGGCGAGCUGGCCGCCUGCUGCCUCCAGCCAGGAGCACACCAGGAGAAAACGAUCAUCUCAGGCCAGUGCUGCUACUUCAGCCCCAUCCUACGCCGCAUCAUCCGCUUUUUAGGCAUCUACUCCUUCGGCCUCUUCACCACCACCAUUUUUGCCAGCGCUGGCCAGGUGGUAACUGGCAGUCAGACGCCCCAUUUCCUCUCCGUCUGCCGACCCAACUACACUCUCCUGGGCUGCCAGCCGCCCCCGGGCACCCUCUACAUCACCGACAAGUGGGCCUGCACAGGGAACCCCGCCCUGGUGGCUGCUGCCCGCAAGGCCUUCCCCUCCAAGGACGCCGCCCUCAGCGCCUAUGCCGCAGCCUACACUGUGAUGUACGUGACGCUGGUGCUGCAGCUGAAGGGCUCCCGCCUGGCCAAGCCCUCCCUCUGCCUGGCCCUCCUCUGCCCGGCCUUCCUGGUAGGGGUGGUGCGCGUGGCUGAGUACCGGAACCACUGGUCCGAUGUGCUGGCAGGCUUCCUCACAGGGGGGGGCAUUGCCGUCUUCCUGGUGACUUGCGUGGUCAACUCCUUCCAGAGGACCCCGCCUCCAGCUCAAUCGCCCCUCUCCCUGGAGAGUCUGGCCAGCGUCCCUGUGGUGGACUUGCCCUGCGUGGACAGUUCCCUGGAGAAACUGAGUGUACCUCAGCAGGUGAGGGACCACCCAGAAGAGCAGGAGUCCCCCCAGGAGUUUUCCACGCUCCUCUCACGAGAUCUGGAGAGGCAGCUGGCCCGAUCUCUCCGCCUGGGAGCGCCCAGCAGCGCCGCCACACUGGCCCACCCCUACGAAAUCGCAGAGCUGUGCCUGCAGAGGUCACCUGACCCGCAGCUGUGUCUCUUCCCCACCACCCCUGAUGUCCUCAUUCCUUCCCGGUCGGUCACCAGCGAGGUCUGACCCACAAAGCCUCCCCUGGUGCCCUCACAGUGGGGCACGGCAUGCACAGGCAGAUGUGG